AUUCAUCACAGUUUUUUUUUCAACCGGUUAUUAUUGCGAUAGGUACAUCAGGACGCCGACGCUAUUUGCCGCUGGACAGUGUGGCGCACUGGCAGCUGGCUGUCGCAUUAUAAUAUUCUCGGAGCUCGAACAUGUUAUUUUGACAACGCUCCUCCGUCCUCUCUGUUAUCAGGUGCGACGCCGUUGUUUUGUGCGUGCGUGACCGAUCGCGUCCAUUUACCCCGUGUGACUAAAGCGAUAUUAUUUUAUUGUAAUCAUAAUCUCGCAGGCUUUUUGUAAUUUGUUCCUAUUUAAAUAAAAUUAUGAGCAUUACCGUGGCGGUGAACGCGGCGGAUAGUAUCAACGGUUCUCAGGCCGUUUGUCAAUCAGGGCAUCUCGAUUGUAACGAGUAUAACGGCGGCGGCAGCAGUGGCAGUGGCGGUGGCGUCGACGACGACGACAUGGCUGUUUUUGAACAUGAGAAGCACCAACACGAACUGGUAAAUACUUUGACGUAUUGUUAUAAUAUUUAAGAGGAACAAUUGUUUUUGAGAUCAAUCAUAGUUAUUGGAUUAUUAUUUUUUUUAUUGUUUACUAGUUUUCUCAUAACAUUGCACCGUUAAAUACACAAUAUUAUAAUAAUAAUUAUUAUAACAAAUAAUAUUAGUAUUGAUGUUUUUUUUUUGUCAUAUCUACUAUAAUUUGAUUGUAUUUUAGACACUUAUCUAUUUACCUUUUCAUUGAUGUUAAUGAUAUCGGUUAAAAUUUGAACAAUAAAUAUAAUACCAAUGUUAAAUGAUUUCAUAUCAUUUUACAUAGUGUACUUGUAAUCAAUUAAUGUAGGUAUGGUUGUAAAUCAUAGUUCAUAGUAUUAUUUUCUUUUAUAAUGAUUAUUUUGUCCAUCACAAAAAGUUUUGUACAUUUAUUACUUAUCAGUUAGCAUUUGUAAAGAUAAAGGUAAUAUGAGGACAAAUUAAAAUAACCAUUUAUUAGUAUUAAUUCAUUUUGUAAUAAAUAUAAUUACAACUUAUAAUAAAUUAGCUAUAUUUGACACAAAAUCCCUUUUAAGUUUAUGACUAUUAACAUAAGUUAAGUGUGUAUCUAGUUUCCUACCUCUUUUAACUAUCAAUAAAUAUUUUAGGGGUUUUAUCUUUUAGACUAACUUUCUAACCUGGUUACAUUAAAAGUAAUGCACAUAUUUACUAAGGAGUAGGGAUAAUGAAAACAAGUAAUUUAAUCAUUAUAUUAUUCUUCACUGCACAAGUAAUUAUCCCCAAAGCCUAUCAAGUAGUUACAUAGUUGGUCUCUUUUUAUUUAAACUAUUUUCCAUUCGGAUUAAAAAUUCUCCAUCCAAAAUAUCCCGAGUGCGUUUCUUUACUGAUGUAUGUUUUCUAUAAACACCCCACAUAAAAUAUUACCACGUAUACAAUUGUUUUUUUACUAUAGCGGGGUCAAAUAGUUGUGUAGGAUAGAUAUUACCUAUUGCAAACAAAUAUUUUACUCUAAAUGGUUAGUUAAAAGCUAGUGAAGCUGUAAUAAAUUGAGAAAUUUAUAAAUAAAAUUUGACCAUAUGCCAUAAAAUUUUUAAGCAUUGAUGCAUGCUUCAAAAUAUUUGGGAAUUGGUUGUAAUCUGGCUUUUGGGAUAAAAAAAACAAACGUCAAAAUAUUGAAAAACCCCAAAUAUAAAUAUUUUCCAUGCUUCAUGUCUUGGCCAUUAUUCAAUUUUCAAUUUUCCCAUUUCCUAUAGAGAUAUUAAAGGUGUAAAAGUGCACGUUUGGCUGUCUUAGAAAAAUUUUGAUUUCUGAAAAAAAAAAUCUAUCUCUUGGGGCUAAUAAAAAUGUCAAAGUAUCGAAAAAUUAUACAUGUAUUUUUCAUUCCUCUUUCUUACCUUAUCAGCAUUUUUCUUUUAAAAUUAACAUUCCGAUUUCCCCCAAAAAUAUACGAGAUUUCAACACUUUUAUUUAUUACUUAUUCAUAAGCCAUGUUGCUGAAAAGGGUUAAAAAUUAGAAAUAUUCAAAUUCUGACUGGAGUUUUAUAAAUACACUAUACUAAUAGAAAACCAUUGUACUAUUUUCCGAUAUUUUUAGGUUUAGUUUUAACCCCUAGAUCCAGGCAGAGCCUGUGAAUAAUAUAAUUUCCAAGUCCGUGAACGUCUCUAAACCCAUCAUAUCUCGACAGGACAUGAGAAAAUUGAACAUUCAAUCAUGAGUCAUUGAAAGGGUGCACGGAAAAUAUAUGUAUAUGACGUUUUUUUUUAUCUCAAGAACCAGACUUCAACCAAAUAUUUAGUUAUUAACUAAUUCAAUGAACCUUUUCUAAAUAUUUAAUUAUCUUACAUAAUUUUUAACUAUUGAAAAAAAGUGAUUUCCCAUGUUGCUAUUUAAUAUAGAUAAACAAACCACUCUAAUUUAUGAAAUAUGUUUUUGAAAUUUAAAAAUUAAUUCUUAAAAUUAAAGUUUAAAUUUUCCAUAUAUUAGGUACCAGUACUAAACUAUUUAUUUUAUUAUUAUUAUCAUAAUCUCAGUCUAUUCUUAUACUUAAUUUUUAUUUAUUUAAGUAUUUAGCUAUUAUAUUGUAUACUUGCUGUAACUGUAUUUUUCUUCCUAUAUGCACAUUUUAUGUAAAUAUAUAUUGAAUAGUAAUCUGUUACAAAUAAUAACCCCGAGGUUUGGGUAGAUUAUUUAUUUAAGGUGGGCUUCUAUCAAAAAAUAAUUUCUUUAUAUUUUAAAAGAAGCAAUCUAUUUAAUUUGUCACAUUUUAGUAUAUUAAUAUAAUAUGGCUUGAAUUUUAGAUAGGAAGUCAUUUGAAUCAAAAGGAAAAAGAUUGUUGUUUUAACAUUCGAGAUAUUCACAGAAACAAACAAUUAAAGUAACUAAUUAAUUACAAUAAGUAAUAAUGUAUCUUAUAAUUAUUUUUCAUUACAUUUUAAUAUUUUAGUGAAGAUAAUGAUAUCCAAAACUGGGAAGGGAAAUGGAAAUCUCUUAUGUCUUAUAUACGUACAGUAUAUCGAAUGUCUUUGGAUGGUGUGGAAGUUGAGCGUUACCCGUCCCAUAAUAUAUUUAGAGAAGCAGCUUAUGAGUAAAUUGAUAUAUUUUGGUAAAUUUAAAAUUUGAUAUUUCAAAUGUAUAGAAUUUUUAAAUUUUCUUCUAGAUCCAGACACUGUGAUUCAUAUCAUGUGUUUCAAAAUGUGGAAAAUCUUGUUAUGGAGUUUGUAUCGGAAGCAAGGACUAGACAAGCGAAAAUACUCGAAAGCAAGAGCAAAAAUACACCCGAAAUGCCUCAAGUCUUUGUAUUUUGUAAGUUUCUCAUUAAAGUAUUAGUUAAAUUUAAUUUAAAAUUGUUUGUUUACCCCAUUUUGUAGGUUUAUUAGAAAGCUAUAGACGAUUAAUGGCAGCAACUGAUCAUUUGAAAAAUGUUAUUAAACCUAUUGAAGAAUUUCAUUUAUCAAAAUUUAAUUUAUCAUGGCGAAUGAUGAAUCAAUAUUUGUAUCAUAGUCGACUCUAUGCCGAUAGAACAGUAUAUCAUCUUGUAACUACUUUUAUAGAACAAGUACUGUGAAAUUUUGUUUAUCGUAUUGUAUUUGUUCACGUUAAUUGUUUUUAUAAUUAAAGAUUUUAUCAACAAAGGUACUAUCUAAAUCUGCAUUAAGUCAAAGUUUAAUCCGGGAUUAUACCAAAUUUGUUAAGGAAGUAAAACUCAACAUAUCUGAAUGGGCAGAAGCGAGGUCUUGUAUUCAUAAUAUCAAGUAAUAAUUAAACAUUUUAUCAAUUGAUAUUUUUUUUUAUUAUAUCUAAUCAAUUUUUAUUUAUAAUAAUAGAUGUAAUGAAGUAUGGGCCAUGACUGCGAAAAAAUGCAAAGAACCAAUAUUUAAAGAUGAACAUGAUUUGUAUCCUCCUUCGCCGCUGUCAACUGAUGAUUUAAUAAUAGAUUUGACUAUUCCAACUCCACCUCAAUCACCAGCUCCUGAGUAUCAGUUAGUUAAAAUGUAAAUCAACUAUUAUAUUGUCAUGUAAAAUAUUUAAUUUUUUAGGGAGAGAGAAGAAAAUGAUGAUUGUAUAACUGUAGAUGAUGAUACAAGUUCUAAUUAUUGCGACUGUAUGAGUGAUUCUGUCACUGUAAGUAUUAUAUUAAUAUAAUAAACAAUAAUUUAUUUGAUAAAAGAGUUAAUCGAAAAUGUGUUAAUUUAGGGGGAUUCCCAACAAAAUUGUUCUGAAGAUUUUGAUCAUUAUGAGAAAUGUUUACAAGAAAGUGCAGAAUUAAAUUCAAUUGCUUUUUCUUAUUCUAAUAUGAAAGAAAAAAUGUUGUGUUUUUAUAAUGCUAAAAUUUUGUCAGAAGAAAAAAAACAACAACCAUCAUUUAUUGUAGGAACUGUGGUUAAAAAUCUUGGAAAAAUGGUAAAAUAAUUUUUGAUAAUUUUAUAUACUAUUUUUCAUUGAGUAAAAUUUGAAUAAAAUAAAUUUGAUUGAACAAUAUCUACAGAAUGAUCCAUUUAUCAUGAACCAGGAAUUUGUUCAGAGGAUUUAAAGUGAAAUUGAUUUCUAUCUCUAAUUUAUUAUAAAAAUGUAAAAGUUUUAUUUUAAACUGUUUAUACUUAAAAUGUGUGCAUAAUUUAGAUUCUUAAAUAGAAAGUUCUCUUUUAUUUACAAAUUUUAAUAGUACAUUUUUCAUCAACAUUUUGGUAUGCAUUAAUUACAAAAUUACCAUUUAAAGUUUUAAAUUAGUUAAAAAUUAAGUGGUAGGAAGAAUAAUAAACUAUUUAAGGUAAAUAACUCAAAAUUAUAUUAACAUAAUUCUUAGACAAUUCCAUAAUGGUUGGAAGAAAUAGCAGUAAUCAAUUUUACUUUAAAUCCUUCAAAAAUGUUUGGUUCAUGAUUAAUGAGUCACUGUUUAUCUAUAUAUUAAAAUAACUAAAUUAAUUAAUUACUUAAUAAAUAAUUACAAACUUGAAAUUAAUUAUUGUAUUAAAUAGUUUAUAUCUAUACCUGUAUUAAUCAUACAAUGUAUACAAUACAUGAUCAAAAAUAUGUUGUUUUAUUGUAUUUUAAAUUUAAUUAAUUUUUGAUUUUUCAAGAAUGCUUGUCCAGAUGUUGUACUAGUCAAAGAGACUAAACCUGUGAAUGUUAAAUGUCCACCAGCUAUUGAUAAGGACGUAACAUGCAAAGUUGAUGUAGAACAGUUACCUAAACGACGACAUCCAUAUCCAAAUGUUAGUAAACCAUCAGAACCCGCACCAAAACCAAGUAAUCGGCCAUUGCAUGGUCAUUCGUGUCAUAAACAUACUGAACAUGUAAAACGUAUGCAUCAUCAUGAUGAAAUAUCAGAAUGUAGUUCAGGACGAUCCAGUCAAGAUGAUAGUUGCUCAGAGCGCUCCACUUCUAGUCCAAGGCAAUGUGAUUGCUGCUACUGUGAGGUUUUUGGACAUGGACUUGUAAGUAUUUAUUUGAUUAAAUUAUUAAUGUAUAUCAACAGUAAAGCACAUAUUAAAAACAAUUAAAUGUUUUAUUUAUUUUUUUUAAGCCUUCUAUGGCACCAGUAAGCCGAAAUUACCAAGAAAUGAGAGACCGGUUAAGAAACCUUUAUCUCCUAAAAAAAGCCAAACAAAAUGUUCACCCUACUAAUGACACAGUAAAACAAAAACAAAAGGAAACUAAUGUGCAUAAGCCACAACCUGUUCACCCAACUAAUCAGGCUUCUCAACCAAGUGAUAAAUCAGGUAAGUAAUCUUUGAAGUAAAUAAUCUAACUAUAUAAUAUUAAAUGAUGCAUGUUCACAUUAUAUGAAUACUGUUUUUUAUAAUUCAAACACAAUGGCCAACUAUUCUAAUAAUCUGCCAUAGAUAAUUAAUUUGCCUGGUAUAUUUUUAUUUAAAAUACACAUCUUGGAAUCUAUUGUCUGUAUACAUAACAGUUAACAUAUUAUAUGAUCCAUACAUUUUGUUCUUCUAUGUCAAAUUGCUGAUAGGCAGUUGCAAUUAAAUUUGUAUUGUAACAGAUUUUAUUAGUUAAAGAUAAUUACUAAAUUAUAUCGUUUUAAAUACUUGCAGAAAAAAAAAAUUUUAUAUACAUUUUUAUUAGAUCAAAAAUAUUUGAAAUUUGCGUUUUUAAUUUAUUAUAUUAUUAAAUAUUUAAAAAUUAAUGCUUGUAAUAAUCUAUUAAACGUCAUGUUUCUUAAGAUGAGGAUAAUGGUCAGAAUCUGGAACUUCAAGUAUUUGUUUAUUUUUUUGGCUUAACAUAAAUUCUAUCAGAGUACUACGGAAACUCAUGUCAUGUUACAAUAUCUCAAAUAUGAAAUUUGUAUGUUUUUUUUUUUUAGCUUAUUUCGAUUGUUUUAAGAUACAUUGCUUUUUUUAGUUGAUUGUUUAUUUCCUUAUGGACAAAACUUAAACAUUUCAGUUAAAUUCUGGGUGAAGUGAAGAAUGGUUUUAUUGGUUUUAUUUACAGUGAUGUGUAUUUUUAUUUUUUCUAUCUGUAAACAACUUUUAUCCUAGAAAUAGCUCCUUGCUCCUAUAAAAAUAUGAUAAAAGACCUUUUUUGUUACAUUUUAUCUCUUGUUAGUACUUUAAGAUCAUUUUUUUGAAAUUUUCAUUAAUAUUAGAGUUAAAGAUGAACAAUUGGUUAAAAAAUAUUAAAUAAAAGUUUUUCAUUAGAAACCAUUUUUGUUAUUAUUAAAUUUGUAAUGUUUUUAAACCAUUUAAAAAAAAAAACCGUUUUAAAUCAUUGCAAUGAAAACACACAUAAUUAAAAAGACAAUGCUAUUGACACAGCUCUGCUCAUAAUUGUUUAAAAAAUUAAAAAUUAGUUUUUAUAAAAUCUAUUUGAAUUUAAAAAAAUCUUUUGAAAAACUCAAAAGUGUUAAAAUGUUAAUUUUUGUUAAGAUUUAAAUAUUUUAAUUUUUUUAAGGGUAAAAAGAUUUAAAAAGUUGUCCUAGGAUAAUGGGGCCGGCUGCAGCCACUGUUAUAGGUAAUCUGAUAUUUUUCUGUAAGCAAUGAUUAAUCAUUGCUAAAGAAAAAAAAGAUUCUAAGCCAAGUUCAGUUAAUAGUGUUGCUUUGUCAAUAAUAUAUAUGUCAUAUUAUGGUAAAAUAUUUACAUAUGCAUUCGAUAUUUUGUUUAAUAUUGUAUUUGUUUUCUCGUUUUUUCCUUUAUUUUUCAUGGAUUUUCUAUUUAUUGUGAAAAUUUAUAGGAAAAUCAAAAAAUGACAUCCCUUAACUACUUUAAAUACCUCCCCAGAUAGAUUGCCUUUUAGAAAAAGUGCUAUUGUAAAUCUGAACAAAAUUGCUGGUUAGAAACGUCCAUAGAAAAAAUAAACAUCACUAUUAAAUCAAUACAUUCCUCGCUCUGCUCAGAAUUUAAAAUUUAAUGACAAUAUAAAAAAAAGACGAACACACUUCGCACGAUUGGUGGGCCAUUGUUGCAGGUGUAGCUUGUAUGUUGUAGUUGGGCAGGUAGAGUUUAAAUUGAAUGUAUGUCUAUACGCAACAAUUAACUAUUACAAAUAAAACAUGAUUCUUAGUGGAGUUUUGUUAAUAGUAUUGCUUUCAAACUGAGAUAUUAAAAUUCUUAUAAAAACACAAUUAUUUACCACAAAGUACGACUUAUAGUGGAUCCGCCUAUUAUAUUUUUUAGUAUUUCUGUUUGGUCAAAUAAUUUUAUCCACAGAGUACUACUUAACAAAAAUCAUACAAAAUACCUUGUAAAAUUAAAAUGUCUAUAAAUAGCUCAAAAAGGCCAUAAUGUUUUACCCUAACCACGUAUUUUAAAAGGCAGAUAUAAGGUUCCUGUCCUAAUUUUUAUAAAAAUUUUAAACUGAAUUAUAACAGAAUUUUAAAUUAAAAUCAUUAUAAUUUUUGUAAAUUUUCCCAUUUUUCCUAAGUUUUUUUACCAUUUAUUAUGAAAAUCCAUGGAUAAAUUAAAAUAAUGAGUAAAGUCCACCCCAGGAAAAUUUCCAUUUAAAAGAGUGUUUAACUUGAAAAUUUGAUCAAAAAUUAUAGUAGAAAUGUUGUUCCCAGAGAUAAAGACUGUAAUAUUACGAUUUUUAAAUAAUGCAUUUCUUACAUUUUCACAUAUUUAAGAGUUUAUUUUGCUGAAUAUAAGUGCUGUAAUUUCCGAACUCUGGUAAUGACUUAAUGUUUCUUACUUGAUUUAUUAAUUUUUAGAUUCUGAGUGAAGCGAUGAAUGUAUUGGUUUUGCACAUGGUUAUCUACGUGGGUUGGAACAUGUAUCUUAUUGCUUAUUGCAUGUCCACAAAUUAUGUUCCCCUUCUUUAACAUUGGGGUAUAUAUAUGUAUCAUUUUCAUGUUUUUUUUAUAAUUUGGGCAAAAUUAUUGCUUUUACAGACUAGAUACAUACCACCAAAGUUAAAGAUCAUGAAGUUUUUUCAUAAUGUUGCAUAUGUUAAAUAUAUUAACUAUUAUAAAGUAACUAAAAAAUAACCGGUAAUUGAGUUAAAAUAUAUUUGAAAACUACAAGUUUUUUGACUAAUAUAAAAUUAAUAAUUAUAUUAGAUUAAUAUUAUAUUAUACAAAUUAUAUGUAUACUAACUAAUAAUUAGGUGAAUACUGAAAUUGUAUGAUAUUCACAUAUAAUUUUAAUAUCAGCCUGGGUUUUUUCAAACUUACUGAAUUGUGUGUUUAAUUUAAUGUCUGUAGUAGAUAGGCUGAACAAUUUUUGACAUUCAAUUUUUUACAGAUAACAUUUUUUAAUUUUAAAUACAUAUGAUUAAAAAAACCUUAUUUUUAAAAUUUUUUUAUUUAUUUGGCAAUAUACCCGCCAUCUUGAGUUACCAUUUAGUAAUUUGUCAGGUGACAUAAGAUAUUUCUAUGGUUAACUAAUACUCAAUAAAUCCAUAAAUUACUCUUUAUUUAGUAUAAUUAUAUUAACCUUAAUAAUAUAACGAAAUAAUUGUUUAUACAUAUACUUUAUAUUUACCUUUAUAUAUAUAAUACAUAAAUUGUUUAUAACAUUGCAGUAUUAUUGGCAACAUUUAAUUUUUUAUAUUCUUAUUGAAUUCUUAUUCAAUCUCCCUAUUUUAAAUCUUCUGGGUUGUUGUUUUGUGCUUUUAACAUUGAAAUUUUUUCAUUGUUCGAUUUAUACCCCAUAGUACAACCAAUGACAACAUUUCAUCAUUGUUGCAAAAACUAAAGUCAAGCUCCACAACUCUGGAUGUAACUCGUGUAAAUAAUCGUGGUAUUAUCAUUUGGAUUUUGGUGACAAUGUUAAAACGUUAUUGAUAUUAUCAUACGAAGAAGUAUCUAACACAUCUAGUGUUGUACAUGGAUCGGGGGCCAUUUGUUUUUUAUGAACUAAUAUACGGCAUGUUCCAACCUGAGUAGAGAACUGUGGUUUUAUAAUAAUGUGUAUUAUUGUUAUUUAUAUAUACUGUAUACAAAAAUUCUACCAGAAAUCUUGCUCUGAAAUGUUUAGACCUUUUCUGAAUGGGAAUUUUUGUGGGGUGGUACUUUAGAGAGGUAAUUUUUUGAUUUUCUCAGGAGUUUUCUUAUCAUUAUUUAUAUCAUUCACUACACUACUAAAUGGGAAAAACGUGAAAAUUUACAAAAUAAUUUUUUUUUUAAUCUGUAAACAACUUAUCCAUCAGAACACUUGUUCUGAUGUAUGAAGAAUAGCAUAAUUUCCAAAAGAAAAUUUUAUCCUGGUGAUACACACAGUACCUCAAAAUAUAUUGAAUUUUUGUCCAGUGAUACUUUAUUUGAACUAUGCAUAAACCCUUUCCAAUUAUUUUUAAUAUUGACUAUUUUUUAUGUAAUAUAUAUUUUUAUUUUAUUUUUAUUUAGGUGCUUUAAAAGGGGCUACAAAAAAAAAAAAAGAAGACCCAAUAUUGACCGAUAUUGUUAAUGGAAAUGUGAAAUUGAAAAAUGAUGAUGCUCCACUGUGCAAUAAGCCUAUUGAUGAAUUAGUUAACUUCAUUGAAGGCAAUAAGGCAACUAAUGAAAAACGAGCUGCCAAAAAAGCUAGACGUCGAGAAAAAAAGGUACAUUAAUAGCAAGUUAAAAGUAAUGAUCAAUAAAUUAAUAUAUAUGUAUACAUUUUUUUUUUUUAAAAAAAAAAGGAGGAACUAGAGCGAAUAAAAAAAGAAGAAGAAGCAGAACGUAAAAGAAUUGAAGAAGAACAUAAAAAACAAGAAAUGGAAAGACUUAAACGUGAGGAAGCAUUAAAAAAAGAAAAGAAAAAAGGAAAAAAUCAAAGCAAACAACAAAAACAAAAUCAGCAACCAAAGCAAACUACAAAUGGUAAAACUCAACAAUUAUCAAAGCAGCAUAUACAACAAAGUACUCAAUCUUCUAAAAAGAAGAACAAACAACUUCAGGGAAAUAGUAAAGAAACUAAAUUAACAAAGAAAAAUGAUAAAAGUAAAAAAGAUAAUGUUGAGCAUGAAAAAAUGGUUACAAUAAAUAGAGACUCUGAUAGUUCCAAAGUAACAAUUACUUUUAGAGGAGCAGUGGAAGAUGAUGUUUUAUGCACUUUAUAUGAUAAUGAAGGUAAACACAUUAUUAAUAAUUUAAUAAAAUAAAUUAUAUAAUAGUUAAUUAAUAAUUAAUAAUUAAUUAUAAUAAACAAAGUUCCUCUCUAGUGAGUUUUCUUGUAUAAAAAUAUUGGUAUAUAUUACACCCAUUAUUUGAACUCUGAUCACCACAUUAAUACUACAGUUAGUAAAGCUCUCAAUGUUUUAGUUUUUUAAAAACGCUCUACAUUAAUGUUUAAGUCUGCUAACUUGUUUUCGUUUUUUUUUUUUUUUUCUCUCAGUUUGGUCUAUCUUGGAAUACCGCACAAUUGUUGGCAUCCAUACCUAUCUAAAAAUUGUAUUAUAUUAAAAGGGGGUUCAAAGUAGAUUUCUCUUCUAUGCUGCAUAUUUAAUAAAAAAUAGAACCCCCUCAACAUAAUUACUCACUCAUCAGUUUAAACUCAAACAUACCCUUACUCUAAAUUCUUUGUUCUAACACAAUCAUGUCUAUUUCAUCUGUUCAUAAUGACUCUACUUGAAAUUUUAUCUGAAAUAAAACUACUUGUCUCUUCUUAUAGUUUUAGAAACUACACCACAAAGUAGUAGAAACUACUACACAAUAAUAUGUUUUAUAAAUUUAAAAGGAUUGUUCCAUGUCUACAGAGUUGAUCAGUGUGUACUUUAAGUUAAUAAUGUUGUCAGUUUCUUUAAUUAGUGGAUUUUCAUCUACUAAAUCAGUUUUGCUGUCUGGUAUUUUAAAAAUUGUUGACAAUACUUUAUAGUUUAUACCCAGUGUUUUUGUCAGACUUUUUAAAAUUUUGUGUUUGUUGAUUUACCCUGAGGAGUUGAUGCUUGCAAUUUCUUGUUUUUCUAAAACAAUAUUUAUAACGACAACCAAAUUCGAUAAAGGUUUCCCCCUUUUUUUCAUUAAAAUAUGUUAGAGCUGAAGAUAAGAAUGAACAAUUUUAUUUAAUAAAAACUAAAUUGCCUUCAAUUUUUCUUCCACUCAUAAUUGUUUUUAUAUUAAAGCAUCUUUGGGAUCAAAUUUUUCUAUAAUUUGUUUAAAUGGUUUUUUAUGAAUCACAGUAAUAAAUGAUUGCUCGCUAUAAACUAUAUUCUCCAACAUGGUAUCGAUUGGUUCUAUUUUUAUUCUUGCCGGGCAUUUAAAAAAUACUUUUGACUGAUGAAAUAAGUUUUUCAGCUAACAGAAUAUCGAGAAUUUUUAUUAAUAUAUAUAUUAAUAAGAAUUUUUACAGAUUUGCUCAACUACUUAAAGUAAAAUUUAAGAGUGUUUUGAUAAAAACUGUACAUAAUUUUUCCUUAAGGUCAAUUCAUCAGGGAUAUUUUUAGAUGGAUAAUUUUUAGGACUUCAUUAAAUUUAAAAUUAUUUACCCCAUGGAUUGUAAUUAGAAAAAUUAUUUAAAUGCAGGGUAGAAAAUUCAAACAAAUACAACUUAAUAUUGAAUGUCAACAAAAAUAAUAUUCAAUAUUUAAAAGUGCGUCCAUAUUAGAGCAAAAUUUGUGUGUGCGUUAUAUUUUAAUCCUGACUCACGCUUGUUCAUCAAAAAUUAGAAAUAUUUUGAAAAUUUAUGUUGUGCAUCAGUGCGUUAUAUUUUGAUGCUCAGACGUUAUGGCUCAACAUUACAAAACAUUGUGCUGUAGUAAUAUUCUGCAUCGUGUGCGCAAUAAUAUGUGCUUGAUAUAAUAAAGUCAUCCAAACUGAGCACUGCAUAAUACAAAUUUCUUAGAUCGUGACCAGGAGACCUACAACCAGUCAGAUCGUAUGUGUUGUACACUACGAACACAAAUGCAACACAUAAACAUAUCUUGCCCGGUCCAAACUUGUCUUAUUUUUGACGCACGCAUAUUCGUCUAAAUUCAAAAUAGAACGCACACAUAAAUUUGUUCUAAUGUGGACGCACCAACAUGUUGUAAUCUUUUAACUUCACACUCAUAGAUAAAACCUGCCCCUGGUUUGGUUUAUUUGUUUAUUUCUUAAUUUUAUGUGGGUCUUAAUCAUUAAUUUAAUUAACAAUGAAUAAAUGAAUAAAUUUGCAUAUUUGUAAUCUAGACUUCAAGAAUUGAUUUUAUAAUGAUAUAAAUUUUCUCAUACUCUAGAAUUCUAACUGUGUAAAAAAAUAUGCAAAGUCAUCUUAGCUCUAGUUAUAACCAUUCAUCACACUGUAUGCUUAGUUUAUUAAAUAGUGCUUUCGCAUAUCAUCCAUCUUAGUACUAAAUGUUUAAUUUUAUUAUACUUUGCAUCAAACUCGCUUAAUUUUAAGUUACUACAACUGUUAUAUGUAUAAAACUGGUUAUGUAUUUAAUAUCUUGCUUACUUAAAAAAUUUCCUUAUGGGCGUUAUUAAACAAAUAUAAUAUAUGCAAAUACAUAAUUGUUUUAUUUUUAUUUUAGUAUCAUUUAAAGGUUUGAUAUAAUAAUAAAUAUUUUAUUGUACUGAAUCUUUGACUUAUAUUUCAUCAAAUCUUUUUGUAAAAAAAAAAUUAGCUUUUAGUAGUGAUUAUCUCUAGAGUCUAUCUGGAGCCAAAAUCCAUUGUAUACCUAAUUAAAAUGCAUUGAAACUGACUGCUGAAAUUUAAAUAUUUGUAUGUUUUCUUGUUAAGCAAAUUAAUAAUUAUAAAAAAAUUAUUUAUAUUCAAUGUUAAUUUUUUUUAUCUAUUUAAUACUUACCUAUUUACCUAGGUACUAGGAAUAUCAGCCCACGUGAUAAAAAUUCCCUUGAAAUUGGAGGUAACUUUUUAAAAUGUAGAAAUUUUAGAACUGCAUGUAUCUUAAAUUUUCUAAAAUUAAAAAGAAAAAAAAACAUGAAAAACUUAAUUACUUUCCAAAUGAAUUAGUAUCUUAUUGAAGAUUGAUCCCAUAUAUAUACGUGUAUCCCAUCAUGUUCAAUGGAUUUUUCUAGUGCCCUUAAUAUUAAAUUGUUUUUAGAUUUUUUUUUUUCUAUCGGUUUAUCUUCUAGAGGGACAUCGAUUUGGAGAAAAGACAACUUUUUAUUUAUUUACUUUAGAAAUUUUCAAAAUAGUUAUUUUAUAACAAAUAUUAUUCUGAAAAUUGUAAAAUAUCAUACAUUCAUAUCUGAUUUAUAGUUUCUUAAUUAUAGCCGUUUUAAUUUCAAGAAAAUAGCCGUAAAAACACUAGUCAAUAGAAGAUAAAGAAUUUCCAUGCUAAUUGUAAUUUCUUAUCGCAUAACAUGUAAUUUUUUUAACAUUUAUUGUUUUCACGCUUAAUUAAAAUAUCUAUAACUAAGAAAUUAUUCAUCGAAUAUGAAUGUGUGAUAAAUUAAAAUUUGAUUAAUUAUAUUUUUACAUAAUAGCUAUUUCGAAAAUUUUUUAAAGUGAAUAAAGUUAUUUUUUUUUUUUUAUACUAAAGGGAUGAAAAUAAAAUUUUAUUAUUAACAUUGCUAGAAAUAUCCAUUGAACAUAUUGGGACACACUGUGUAUAUAUGUUUAUUUUACUAGUUUUAUUUCAUUAAAUUAGCAACAGUUAUUCACUUAAAAGUUGUAUAGUGUUAACUUAUAUAGAAUUACUUAUGUUUAAAUUCAUAGUCUUACCUCUUGAAUCUUAUUUUGAUUAUUAUUUUUAGCUAUAAAAGCAAUUCAGCGAUUAUGUGAUAAAAAUAAACAAUCUCAAGAUCAAAUCGAAGAAAAACCAAACAAAAAAAAAAGAAACCGUAAGAAGAAACAAACAGAACAAUUGGAAACUCAACUUAAUCCUAAACCAGUUGAAAGUGUGUUAAUCACAAAUAAAAAUGCACCCAAAUUACCGACAAAUAUGAAAUGGUAUUGUUCACCAGAUGUAAAUAUUACACCAGUGCCAAAAACAACAAAUACUAUUCAGCCACAACCUAACACAGUGUUAAUAAAACGAACUACUACUACUAAUAAUAAUAACAACAAAGUAUUUGCUCGUCCUAUGCCUCCACCGUCUCAGCCUUUGCCACUUACAAGUCCAACCGCUAUACAAAUAAAUGAAGCAGUUAAUAAGAUAUCAUCAUCAUCAGCUCCUAUUGACAUUGAUAAAUUACAGUUACCACCUGGAAUUACUAUAACUAAACUUGACCCUAGUGAUUACAAACCACCAAGAGAUAUCCAACAAUCAACUGAAAAGGUAUAUUGAAAUACAAAUAUGAGUCAAAUCAAUAUUAUUAAAUGUUGUUUAAUAUUGAAUUUUAUAAAUAAAUUUUAGCCUAAACCAACAUUACAAUUUCCAUUUUCCUCUUCUGCUGCAGUGGCUCCAUUCAGUAUGCAACAAAAUGCUCAAAAUAAUGUUGUUGUUGUUAAGACUGAUGGAUAUGAUGAAACAGCUGGUAACUAAACCAAUUUAAAUACUAUAUGUUAUAAUAAGUAAUUGUUCAUAUAUAUUCAUAGAAAAAAAUGUUUUAUUUUAAAAUUAGGUUUUAUGUAUAUUUUUAUAAAAAAAUAUUUUAUUAAGAGAUUAAACAAUCUAAUUAAUAAAUUAUAUAGGUUAUGGGUUAACAGGUACAAAUGAACUACCAAGGUAUACAAAUUAUAUAAUUGUUUUAUAAAAUAUUACUAACUAUAAAAAAUAAUGCAUUUGGCAGAAAAAAUGUUUUAUUGUAUCUAUCUGUUGUUAGAUAUGGCUGUUUAAAAAAAUAAUAUGUAGAUGUCACAAGUUCCUGUCUACUCUUUUUUGUCAGUUAAUUGGUAUAUUUAAAUCCAGGAAUGCCAUCACAAUCUUUCUUUUUCGUCUGUUUCUCAUAUAUAUAUUGUCUGUUAGGAAGCAUUCUGGUUCUAUCAUUGGUAACUAUGUCAAUCUAUUAGGUUUUGGAUCGGCUCAGGAGACAAAUUUUUUAUUUAUUCUAUUGACUAGUAUAUUUUUAACUAACUAACUAUUCUUUCUCCAUGUAUGCCCAAGCCAUUUUAACUGUUAGACUCUAAUAAAGGGGAAUAUGUCUGACAUAUUAAAAAAUCUUUUUAUAUUAUUGAUAUAUCUAAUAUCUAAUUAAAAGAAUGUGCCUAUUUUUAAAUAUUUUAUGUUGUCCUAUAAUAUGAUACUGAAAUAUUAAUGAAAUAAUACAUUUUACCCUUUCACUACUUGUACUGAGGCAUACAGUUUUAAAUAAUAGAUAUAGACAAUUAAAUGCAAAUAUAUUAUUAUUUCUUGUUACUUUAUUUUAUUAUAUUCCAAUAAUAAUAGAUUCUGGGAGAGUAAGGGUUAAAGAUACACCAUUUUUUUAGACAAAAACUAGUUUGUUUAUUAUUUGAUAUUUGCUUAUUUAUUUAUUUGUUGUUGUUUUUUUUUUACAACUAUUAUUAUUGUUUGUUCUUAAUCAUUAAUUAAACAUACAAGUCAUGUUUAGUUUGGUAAUAUAUCUCAAAUCAAACUAAAAAAAAAAGGGUUGAUAUUGCUGAUGUACAUGCAGUGCCCGCAAAAACCUAGGUGUCCAGGUGUGUGUUGCACACCUGCCCAAGGCCAACAUUCUUCUAUAAUGAAUUUUAGAUUUCUAAGCGUAGCGAAGAUGUAUUGGUAUUACUAUAUUGUGUUUUAUUUCCUGUCUAAACACCUUUUCUACCAAACAAAUUUGCUACAGUCAAAAAAUAAAUAAUUUUUUUUUUAGUUGAAUUUUGUACUUAAUUUGUGUAAUAGAGAGGUAAUUAUUUAAUUUUCCAAUGGGUUCUCAUAAUAAUUAGGAAAAAUCGGAAACAAAAUUAUAGUAAAAACAGAAAACUAUUUUUGGAGCACUAUUUCAUUAUUAUAAAUGAGUAUAAUUUAUGUUUUCUACUACCAGAAAUCUUGUUAUAGUCAAAAGACUUUAAGUGACUUUUUUUGUUACAUUUUAGAUCUAGUUGGUUAGUAUGAAAGAAUUUUUUGAUUUUUCAACCAGUUUUUAUAAUAAUUGGGAAAAACAAGAAAAAACUUGGUUUGCGGCAUUAAUUCUGUUAUUUUCAAUUUGGUUAUUUGUUGUGAAUCAGUUAAAAAUUAUUGGAGAUAGCUGAAAUUUCGAGCUAUUCAUAGACAAUUUUAACUAGGAAUUAAUUAAUUAUUCAUUCAGUUAUUUUGCUUGUGUUUUAUUUGAUGAAGUAAUGAAGUUAGAAAUGUUUUGUAUCAAAAUAUUAUUCAAAAUUUGUAAUUAUAAAAAAAAAAUUACUUUUUAAUGUAAUAAGAGAAUUAAUACAUCUAUAAACACAAGUUUAAACAACAUUUUAUUAAAAUUAAUGUCACACAAAUUUAUUUUUUAGAAUGGAGUGGUGCUGAGAGUAAACGUAGUAGACGUCGUAAGAAAAUUAAUGGAACUAAUAUAGAUGACACAAAUUCAGAAAACAUUCAACCUGGUUUUACAAUUACCAAAAAUUUAUCAACAAGAAGUCCAUGUAAUGACGAAGGUAAGAACAUCGCUGGACAAAUAUCAACUAACACACCACGAACUAUGCCGUUGCCAGUGAUUAUUCAAAGGCAUGGUGGUAUUGUUACUAUAAGAAAUCCACUGUACCAGCGCAAUGAUGAUGCAAUCCUGACUGAGACUAAUGAUUCACGAGUUGAUGGUGGCGACGACGACGACGCCAAUCCUUCUGGUAAGCGAAGACGUCGUCGCCGUCGGGCUAAGGGCGGCUCCAAACAGACGGAUGUUGAGGGUGAGCUUUGCUGAUGUCUUCCCUAAUUUCCUAAACUAUUAAAUCCUUUAUUCAUUUUUUCCUCAUACGUUAUGUAAAAUAGCAACAAGCUUUAUUUAAUUUUGUAUUAAUAUGUCAACAAAGUACAAAGUAUUAUUACUCUUGUAUAAAAUAUAAUUAUUAACCAAAAAUAAUUUUUUUUUUAAUAAGUGACACUUGUAUAAAAAAAAAAUACUAUAAUUAAAAAAAAAAAAUUGUAUUUGUGUUAUUUAUAAACUUAAUCUAUGAUAAUAAUAAUAUAAAACAACUAAAACAAUUUUAUGUUUAAAACAAAUUCUAUAAAUCUCUGAGCAAUAAAGUAAUUAUAUUCUUUCUUCUUUUUUUUUAAUUAGAUCUGAUGAAAUAUAUAUAAUUUAUUUUUACUCUAAAUUUGAAUCACUAAAUCUUAUUAUUUUUGACUCCGAUAGUUUUUUGACUUAUUUAAACAAAUUAAUUAUUUUUAAAGUGAGGAGACUUAUAAUUUUGUAUGUAGUAUAAUUUACUGGAGUAUUCAAUUAUGUUUAAUUAUCUUUAAAAGUUCUCAUGUAAUUGUAUAUUUCUCAAUAUUCAUGAAAUGAUUUUAUUUUAUAGUAAUAAUUAUCAUUUUAUCAAUUUAAUUAAGUUGGAAUAAAAACAAAUUAUUAUCUCAAAACUCUAAACAUUGAACUGGUAAUGUGUUCAUUAAAUAUUCCAUUUAUUUUUUUUAAAUUCUAAUCAGUGUAAUUAGUGUUUUUUUUAAUUUAUACUAUAUUUAAAUGUUGGAGUAUUGUAUUCAAAAUAUUAAAAUAUACUAUAUAGAUUUUAAAUUUAAAAAAUUAAAAUACAAUCAAUACCCAAUUUAAUAGUAUUUAUUCGAGCUGUUUUUUUUUUUUUUUUUAAUGGUCUAUUAAUAUAAUAAAGAGACCAAUAGUAACUAAAUUAUAAAACACUCUUACAAUAUUAGAUUAAAAGAUUAAAAUUCUACUAUAAACUUGUAUUAUUUCUACCCCAAUUAUUAAUAAAUACCUAUUUAAUUGUAAGGUUUUUGAAAUGAGUACAAAAUAUAUAUCCAAUGAGAUGUAAAUAAUUUAGGCAUGAAUAGGCUGCUUUUUAUGGUGAUGGCAAUUUUAGCCCUGAUAAUUAAUUAUAAAACUUGUUGCAUGCUUGUUUUUGCAGCUUUUUUUAUUAUUAUUAUUUUUUUUUUUACAAUAAUAUUUCCUAUGCUUUUUUUUCGUGUUUUGAUUUGCAUUUAAUUUUAAAUAUAUUUUUAUAAUGAAAAAAUUGUAUACAUAUAACUUGUGUAAUUUUUCUACCAGUUAUGGCAAUUUAAAAAUAAAAAUAUUUCACUGUGUUUGAAUAUUGGACAAAACAUUUUUUUUUGGUUGUACUUAAUUAAAUAUGGACAAUAGUAUUUAAUAUCAGUCCAAUUUUCAAAAUAUUAUUUUUCUUGUUUUUUUUUUUUAUUAUUAUUAUUAUUAUUAUUUUAGUAUUUGUGACUUAGAAAAAACCCAUGAUCAUUAUUCUUUAGGUAGUUCUAGGAAUCUGCUUUUAUGUUGUUGUAUCAAAGAUACAAGUUGAGUUUUUCUUUUGUUUUUUUUUUUUAUUAAUUUUGUGAAAAUAAUGUUGACAAUUAUAUAUAUUAUAAGUAUUCUUACUUUUUAUUUCUUUGUAGGCUUUUUUUUACUGACAAGCAUUUUCCUACAAUAAAAUUAACAACUAUUUAUAUAUUAUAUAUGUAUAUAUAUAUAUAUAUAUAUAUAUAUAUGUAUAUAUAUAUAUAUAUUAUAUAUACAUAUAUGUAUAUUAAAAUACAAAUAAAUAAAAAACAAACAAACAAUCCUUUUAUACAAUAUAAAUUGCUUGAUGGUUUUGGAUUUCACACUGGCACAUGUUGAUAUUUUAUCAUUUUUUGAAUAUAUUAUAUUUGUACAAAUUCAUAUAGCACAUUGCUUGUGUGGGAUCUAUUUAGUUAAUUCCGAAUUAAUUUGGACCGUGCUUUCUCGAUCGUUAGCUUAUAUAAAUCAUGAAAUGUAACAUUUUAUCUAUACCUUCAAAUGGUAAUAUUUUUUUUAAUUUAUAACAAAUACAUUUAAGUAAUACCUAUUACAUUAUAAAUGUUUGAUAUGAGCAACUACAACUUUCUUAUGUAUAAUCCUAACUUUAAAGACAGCAAGACUUAAUAAAUAUAACAAAGUAUAGACUUAUUGUAUAUUUAAAGUAUGAUCGAGAAAGUAAAUCUCCAAAAAUGAGUGUGUGUUUGUGGCCGUUUGCAGAAAGCGUGUUCGAGCCAAAAGACAUAGACCUGGAGGAUGGAGAGAUGGAUGAUGAUGAACGAGAAUUAGAAGCAUUUAAGCGGUUUUGUUUGCAGUCAGUACCUCCACAGCGCAAAGAAAAGGUACACCUGAACAUCAAGGACAUUGUUUUGAAGAAAAAGAGUACCGCCGCGGCAGCAGCUGCUGCAGUUGGGUGUGUUUAACAUUUAAUAUUUUCCACUGCAAUUACCAAUUAUGUUGUGUUCUUUAGAUCCCUCAUUAUUUUCAUACUCAACUAAAUCUUACAGUGUUUCAUCGUCUCUCUUGAAAACCCUAUUUUUCUCUUUUUUUUUACUUGUUGGAUAAUAUGAUCCAUAUUAUAAGUGAAACUUACAAUUUAAGCAAUUUUUAAAGUUUAGACCCAAACGUAAGAUAAGUUUAUUUUUAAAUGUUACUAUUAUGCAUGAUUUAAUUUGUGCUCUAUCAGUAAAUAAUUCAGGCAAUUAUUGAUGUAGAACCAAAACCAUUGAGCACGUUUAAAAUGAUUGUAUAAUAUUAUAAUAAACGGUAUUUGAAUAUACAUGUAUAUUGCAUAUACAUUCUACAUACAUCAGCGCCUGUUAUUAGUAUUAUGUUAAAAAUCAACAAUUAUCAAAUAAAUAUACAUUUGGUGUAAAUAUAUAUAAUAUACACUGUACAAUAUGAUCUUAUGUGUAUCAUGUUUUCUCUUUAAUGGUAU